CGUCGAGGUCUCGAGGCCCAGGCGACCACAGCGUUUUGCUACGUAAAUUGCUUCCCGCCUCGCUGCCUUUUCUCUGUUGUCUGAGUUGCUGUGCAAGAAAAGAGGGGUGAGAGAGCUGACAUUGUACAAGAAACCAGGUGCAACAUUGUCGACUCCUUCGCCAAGCAAGCCAACAUUUUCAUUCAUCAAGAUGUUUCCUACCGCUCGCAUCCUGCAUAGCGCCGUGCGCGACAGGACGAAGACGAUCGGGUUCAUCGGACUUGGCGCCAUGGGUCGCGAAAUGGCGGCGAACAUUGUCUCCAAGACUUUCGCGGAGAGCCCGGAUCCAUCCACUUCCUUUGUGAUCCACGACGUCUCGGAGCAGUCAGUAACGCGCUUCUUGACGACCACCACGUCACUUCAUCCGGGCCGCAGCAUCUCCCCCGCCAGCUCCCCGGCGGGCGUAGCACAGUUGUCAUCUACGAUCAUCACCAUGCUACCGUCUUCGCCGCAAGUCAAGGAUGUGUACACAGGAGAAAAUGGUAUUCUUGAAGGUCUGGCAGCACUGGGAGACCCAGCGACAGACUCUUCCUUUUCGACAUUGUGCAUCGACAGCACGACGCUUGAUCCUAAAGUCGCGCUCGAGGUCGCGACACAGGUCAAAGCGGCGGGCUUGUCGUCCUCGUUGUCUGCAUCUGCUACUGCGGGAGCCGAUCAGCAGCAGAAGCAGAGCGCAUUCGACAUGAUCGAUGCCCCCGUCUCAGGCGGUGUGGUCGGUGCGCGCGCAGGCUCUCUCAGCUUCAUGGUCGGCUCUGACUCGGCCAUGAGCUUCAAGCAGGCGGAGGCGUACCUGCUCAAAAUGGGUAACAGGGCGGUGCAUUGCGGCAAGAACACCAAUGGGCUCAUCGCCAAAAUCGCGAACAAUCUGCUUCUCGGAAUCAGCAUGUUGGGGACCUGCGAGGCGAUGCUGCUUGGCACUGCACAUGGACUGAGCCCACAGAUGCUUGCGCAUAUCCUCAAUACUUCGACGGGUAAAUGCUGGUCCAGCGAAGUUAACAACCCCGCACCCGGCGCAUUGCAAGGCACCGACAAGUCCCCACCCGCAGACCGAGACUGGGAAGGAGGAUUCGCGUCGCGACUCAUGUCGAAAGACCUAGGCUUGGCCAUGUCCGCUGCGCGAUUAGAAGGCGUGCCCGUCCCGCUCGGGCAACUGGCCAAUCAGAUCUACCAGGCGCUAGGAAGGACCGAGUUGUACAUGAACAAGGACUUCGGUGUUGCUUUCAAGGCUUUGGCUGAUGCGUUGGGGCGGCCAGAAUUCCGAGAAGACCCAGCCGAAACGAAGGAAAGCUGUUAGCUGGCCAAAAGAGAGAAGAUGGAAUGCGCACUGUCUAACAAAGCUGGAUCACUGACGACAAGAUGAUGUAGUUGAACGCC